AUUUUUUUUCACUUAAACGUUUCUGCUAUUUGACUACUAAAAUGUUAUUCCUUCAUUUGAAUAUUAGCUACUAAUCAUUAUUUAUACUAAUAAUAAUCGAAUAAUUAUGAUCCCCUCCGCAAGAUAUUUAAUUAGAUACUACUUAAUUUAUAAUUAUUGUUAUCUCUCUCUCUCGCUUUAUAUAGUUCCAUCGUGGUCAUUCCUCACCUAAACAACUCUGCUUCACUCUCUAUCUUUCUUAAGUAAACAAAUCUUUAGAGAGAGUGGAAAAAAUGAAUUCGAAGAUCAUCGAAGCUUUCUUCAUCGUUGCUCUCUUCACUACCUCAUGCCUCGCUCAAGCUCCAGCUCCUUCUCCAACCACCACCGUCACUCCUCCUCCCGUUGCCACUCCACCACCCGCCGCAACUCCCGCUCCGACCACCACUCCACCACCUGCCGUCUCCCCUGCCCCCACCUCUUCUCCUCCGUCUUCAGCUCCUUCUCCGUCGUCUGAUGCCCCUACCGCUUCUCCACCUGCACCGGAAGGUCCCGGAGUUAGCCCCGGCGAACUAGCCCCGACACCUUCCGAUGCUUCCGCUCCUCCACCUAACGCCGCUUUAACCAACAAAGCUUUCGUCGUCGGUUCACUUGUCGCCGCGAUUAUUUACGCCGUCGUGUUGGCUUAGGAUCUCAUUGUUUACAUCUUGAAAACAUUAUGUUUUACAUUUUAUAGUUUCGGUGUUAAUUUCGAUAAUUUGAUUGAUUUUUCGUUAUUCGAUUGUUUACGGUGGAGUUAAAAUGAGAUGUUGACACGUGUAACUUUUCAUGGUUUGUUGUCUACGUGGAAUAUGUUGUGUAAAUCCAGUAAUAGGCUAAUAAAAUUACUUUAUUAUUCGUUCUCACAUGUUUCAUCACUCUUUUAAUAGGAAUAAAAUGUAAGAACUCAAAAAGAAAAUUCAUAAUUUUUAUAAAAUCAGGUAUUCUCGAG